AUGUCCAACUCCUCCACGACAACGGACUUUCUCCUCAUGGAGAUCUCUGACAUGCGGGAUCUACAGGUUUUCUAUGCCAUGUUCUUCUCUCUGAUUUAUCUGGUGACCGUAAUGGGAAACCUGGUCAUUGCAGCUGUCACCACUCUUGACAAGAGCCUUCACACGCCCAUGUACUUCUUCCUGAGGAAUCUGUCCAUCCUGGACUCCUGCUACAUUUCUGUCACCGUCCCUAAAUCCUGCAUGAACUCUCUGCUGGGCACAAGCUACAUUUCAAGGGCAGGAUGCGUAGCCCAGGUCUUCCUUGUGAUUUUCUUUGCAUUUGUAGAGGUACUGUUUCUCACCUUCAUGGCUCAUGAUCGCUUUGCAGCCAUCUGCAGGCCCCUCCAUUACCCUGUGAUCAUGAGCCCUCGCCUGUGUGUCCACAGCACCCUGGCCUCUCUACUCAGUGGCCUCAUCUAUGCAGCCCUGAACACCCUCAACACCUUCCGACUGCCCUUCUGCCACUCCCACGCUGUCCAGCAGCUCUUCUGUGACAUCCCCUCUCUGCUGAAGCUGUCUUGCUCAGACCCCUUCAGCAACAAGAUCACAAUUCUUGUGUCUAGUGUAGUGAUAUGUGGUGGGUCAUUCACUUAUAUCAUCAAGUCUUAUAUUUACAUCUUCUCUACCGUGCUCAGGUUUCCAGUGGGAGCAGGCAGGAAGAAGGCCUUUUCCACCUGUGUCCCCCACAUUCUUGUGGUUUUGGUUUUCCUCAGCUCAGGUGUUUAUGUCUACCUGGGACCCUCUGCAAUAUCUGCCAGCACCAGAGACGUCAUCAUGUCUGUGUUCUACUCUGUGAUUCCUCCCCUCUUCAACCCUAUUAUUUACAGCCUCAGAAAUGAACAGAUAAAGUGCGCCAUCAGGAAACUCAUGAAAAGAAGGUACAAUUCAGGAAAUGUGUUCAGAACUAAGGAGACGUUCUCUAUUCAAUUUGGUCGUAGUUAUGUUUUUGGCAAUAAAUGA